AUGACAACACACAUUUUCUUAUGUGGUUUUCCAACAGAAGUGGACUUUUGCUUCCAGCAAGGUCAAACAUCUACUGCUCCAAUAACAUACAAAUUGUCUGUUAAAGGACCUAUUGAACUAGCAACUGAAAAUGUACCAAAGCCACUUAUUGGAUUUAUGAGGGAUUGUUGCUUUGCCAUUCAGGUGCGUGCUAAUGGAAUCCCAAUAAUAAGAUUAGAUGACUAUAACUUAGCUACGGACGACGGUGAGGAAUAA